AUGAAGAGGAAGUGGGCCAUGGCGGCCCCAUGGACCCCAACCACAACGUCGCAUGAGUUAAGGGCCCGAAAAGUCUUUGCAAGCUCGGUCGUCUUUACGGGCCGGAUGACCUCGACUUCGAACCCGAUAUCCUCCGCGGCCCGAACCAACUCGCCCUCGUUCGUGAUUGCCCUCGACCCGUUUCUUGAAACAAUCACGAGUUUCGGUUUGGUCAAAUCACGGGUUUCUACUUUCGUCGCCAGCGUGUUGACCGACGUGUUUGACUUUGACCGGGCCUCGCGCUCCUCGUCUUCGAUCAAACCCUUGAUGCGCGGCCAAUAG